UCACAUUCUCUCGCGCAGCCGUCGUCAACACAACUAGGAACUAGCACCAUGCUAACUAACGGAGCUAACUAAAACUCAACAGGAGCUCGGUAGGUAGAGGGGUCGCUCCCGCAGGCUUUGGGUCGAGCUCGGUGGGUGUUUUCGACAUUUUCUGGUCGUGUUUGCGGCGGCAUGGCUUGAGAAGGAACGAUGUCCAGAGGCGUUUGUCGCUCGCUAACUUCCGAGCUAGCUAGCCAUCAGCUGUUGUUUUGGUCUGAGAAUUGUAACGUUAGCUCGCCGCCAAGCCAAACUGCUUAGCGUUGCUUGCUAUCUUCACGAAAGAGACGCUACAUCGCCGUGAUUUUCACCAAAGAAGAAGUACUGUUUGCCUGCUGAAACAUUUAAUUACCCAGUGGAUGGCGACACUUGAAGGUGUGCCGUCCUGACAGUCAAAUCAGCAGUCAGUCAGUCAGCUGUUGUCUGGCAGGCAGGCAGGCAGGCAGGCAGGCAGACAACAACACAGUUUGGGAUUCAUCUGAAACGAAAGCAGCAAUAAUAUUUGGAAAUGCAUGACGCGUAUGAACCGGUGCCUAUUUUGGAAAAGCUCCCUCUCCAGAUCGACUGCCUUGCGGCCUGGGAGGACUGGCUGCUUGUCGGAACAAAGCCAGGGCAUCUCCUCCUCUACCGGAUAAAGAAAGAUGCAGGAACCAACAGAUUUGAGGUGACCCUGGAGAAAUCCAACAAGAACUUCUCAAAGAAGAUUCAGCAGCUUUAUGUGGUUUCACAGUACAAAAUUCUCGUCAGUCUUCUGGAAAACAACAUUCAUGUCCAUGACCUCCUGACCUUCCAGCAGAUCACUGUGGUCUCCAAAGCCAAAGGAGCCACACUCUUUGCCUGUGACCUGCAGCAAACAAGCUCAGGGGAGGAAAGGUUGAGAAUGUGUGUUGCAGUGAAGAAGAAACUCCAGCUGUAUUACUGGAAGGACAGAGAGUUCCACGAGUUACAGGGCGACUUUGGUGCUCCAGAUAUUCCAAAGUCCAUGGCUUGGUGUGAAAACUCCAUAUGUGUUGGUUUCAAGAGAGACUAUUACCUCAUCCGGAUGGAUGGUCGUGGCUCCAUCAAGGAGCUCUUCCCUACUGGAAAGCAGUUAGAGCCCCUGGUUGCCCCACUGGCUGAUGGGAAGGUGGCUGUUGGACAAGACGACCUAACAGUGGUGCUCAAUGAAGAGGGUGUCUGCACCCAGAAAUGUGCACUGAACUGGACAGACAUCCCCAUAGCCAUGGAGCACCAGCCUCCCUACAUCAUAGCCGUGCUCCCUCGCUACGUGGAGAUCCGGACGUUUGAGCCCAGGCUGCUGGUGCAGAGUGUGGAGCUGCAGAGACCUCGCUUCAUCAGCUCUGCAGGGCCAAAUAUUGUGUAUGUUGCCAGCAACCACUUUGUGUGGCGCCUGGUGCCCGUGUCGAUAGCCAGCCAGAUCCGGCAGCUUCUUCAGGACAAGCAGUUUGAGCUGGCUCUUCAGCUGGCGAAGAUGAAGGAUGAUUCGGACGGUGAUAAGAAGCAGCAAAUACAUCAUAUUCAGAACCUCUAUGCCUUCAAUCUGUUCUGCCAGAAGAGAUUUGAUGACUCCAUGCAGGUGUUUGCCAAACUCGGCACAGAUCCCACCCAUGUGAUUGGGCUGUACCCCGACCUGCUCCCCUCAGACUACCGCAAGCAGCUGCACUACCCGAACCCUCUGCCCACUCUGUCUGGGGCAGAGCUGGAGAAGGCCCAUCUUGCUCUUAUUGAUUACCUCACACAGAAACGUAGCCACCUUGUGAAGCAGCUGAAUGACUCCGACCCCUCUACCACAUCUCCCCUCAUGGAGGGGACGCCCACGAUUAAAAGCCGCAAGAAACUCCUGCAGAUCAUUGACACCACGCUGCUGAAAUGCUACCUGCAUACCAACGUGGCCCUGGUGUCCCCCCUCCUGCGUCUGGAAAACAACCACUGCCACAUCGAGGAGAGCGAAUACGUCCUGAAGAAGGCCCACAAGUACAGCGAGCUCAUUAUUCUCUAUGAGAAGAAAGGUCUGCACCAGAAAGCGCUCCAGGUGCUGCUGGAUCAGUCCACCAAGGCGAACUCUCCGCUGAAGGGCCACGAGCGAACAGUGCAGUACCUCCAGAGACUCGGAAUGGAGAAUUUGGGGAUAAUCUUUGAGUUCUCCCCCUGGGUGCUGAAGAUCUGCCCUGAGGAUGGUCUGAAGAUCUUUACCGAGGACCUGACAGAGGUGGAGACUUUGCCCAGAGACAAGGUGUUGAACUUCUUGAAGGAGGGUUUUAAAGAGUUGGCCAUCCCCUACCUGGAGCACAUCAUCUACGUCUGGGAUGAGACGGGUCCAGAGUUUCACAAUGUGCUGAUCCAGCUCUACUUGGAGAGGGUGCAGGGCCUCAUGAAGCAGUACCUCAACUCCCUGCCAGAGGGUGUGCCUGCUGUUGCUGCAGGUAAGGAGGAAGGUGACCUGGGAGAGUUCAGGGCCAAGCUCUUGACCUUCCUGGAGAUUUCUACCAGCUACGAACCAGAAAGACUCAUCAGUGACUUUCCCUUUGAUGGCCUGCUGGAGGAGCGGGCCCUGCUCCUGGGUCGGAUGGGUAAACACGAGCAGGCGCUCUUCAUCUACGUGCACAUCCUGAAAGACACUGGCAUGGCAGAGGAGUACUGCCACCGGCAUUAUGACAAACUGACCGAAGGAAAUAAAGAUGUUUACCUCUCCCUGCUGCGCAUGUACCUGUCUCCUCCAGACGUCCACUGCCUGGGGCCCAUCAAGAUGGAGCUGUCUGAGCCUCAGGCCAACCUGAAGGCCGCCCUGCAGGUCCUGGAGCUGCACCACAGCAAGCUCAACACCACCAAGGCCAUCAACCUGCUCCCGGCAAACACGCAGAUCCGAGAGAUCCGUGUUUUUCUGGAGAGCGUCUUGGAGGAGAAGGCACAGAGGAAACGCUUCGACCAGGUGCUGAAGAGCCUGCUGCAGGCCGAGUUCCUCAGGGUGCAGGAGGAGCGCAUCUUCCACCAGCAGGUGAAGUGUGUCAUCACGGAGGAAAAGACCUGCAGAGUCUGCAAGAAGAAAAUCGGAAACAGUGCUUUUGCCAGGUAUCCCAACGGAGUCGUGGUGCAUUACUUCUGCUGCAAAGACCGCACUGUGUGUCCCACUGAGCAGUAACAACCCCCCUCCUUUCUCUCUCUCUCUCUCUGUCCCUCUCUCUCUCUCUCACUCUCUCUCUCUGGCUAACACAAGCCACACCGACGAACAAACCCGCAGUGACUGUUCACUGGCAAUUUGAUAAUUUGACGUUCAGCCAUCCUUGAAGGAAAAAAAAAAAAAGCUGGAAGGUUGAAAGGUCACCGGUUAAAACCGAGCAGCGGAAUCGAACUCCAUGCGCAUUUGGUGGACGCCGUUAUCCAAAACGCCUAACAUUACCAUGAAAGCAUAGUUGUUGUGUUUUUUUUUUUUUUUUUUUUUUCUUCUUCUCCCCCCUGGCACUGUUUGUGUCAUGCUCCACCUGUCGAGCUAAACAGGACGUCCGACUACAAGCGAGGCUGUUGCUUUCUCCCUCUCUGUGCAUGAGGUAACAGGUGGAAUGUCCGGGGUCGGUCUUCAGGAGGGGAAACAUUACGGAGAGAGAGAAAGAGGGAGAGCGACUGACAUUUGAAAGCAUGUGUCACUGUAACGCUAGAAGGGAUUCACUCCCCUAACAGCCCGCUUCGGAAGAAAACGGACACUAUUGACAGCGCCGCUAAGAGGAAAAGGAACUAAACAACAAAGUCCAGUUCUCGCUCUCAGCAGCAGGGGACGACUACAAGCCCCGGCGGUGUUUUCUCUCCCCUCUCCCCGCCUCUCACCGUCUCCCUCACCUCCCGACGCCCUGUAGACCUCAAACACUGCUUCUUAAUAUGCCAUAGACUCUACAGAAGUAUUCUUAAAUGCCUUGUGUGACUCUUAAGAUUGUACUUACAGUAAAAUCGGCUGUCUGUUUGCUGUUAUGUAUGUACUUUUUUUUUUUUUUUUUUGUCAGCAUGUGUUGGUACAGAUUUAACGAAUUUACGUCGAAGCAAAGCCGCUUUCGUCUCAUGCUUUAUUUUCUAUGGUGUAUAUUAAUUUAAAUACUUGAGCAGGCCACUCGAAACAUAUGCACAGUCAUCUUUUUUUUUUUCUUAUUAACUGUUCUAACAUGUCUGCUUUUGAAUGAUUGUUGUCAUACGAUAUAACUAUUCUCAACUCAUUUUUGAAGUCUCAUCUUAGUCUCGUGUUGAUUUUGUUUUUAUUUUUUGUUUUGUUUUGUUUUUGUUUUUUUGGAAGCUUAAACUCAGUCUUUGACUCAUUAUCUCAUUUUAAAGGCAGAUCACAAAAGUACAGCACUUUAUAAAAGUGGAUGGAUGUCCUGUUUAUUUAUUGCUAAAUCAUGCGUCAGCUUGAUAAGAACUGGAUGAAAUGUGAUGGACUUUGAAGGUAUGACACGUGGAUGUGUGCGUUUUUUGGAAGGCAAUAUCGUAAUCCAGUGUGUCUGUCUACCGUCCAGCCGGGAGGUAAAAUUAAGAAGCAGGACUACCCAAGUUCACUGACAACAAUUACACGCAAUUAGAGUCCAUUUUUAGUAUUUAGUCGAAACUUUUAUUCAGGCUGAAUCAGAGUGAGUGGGGCUCUUGCUCAAGGACACUUUGAAUAAGCCACACAGCUCCAAUCUGUCUCUCUAACCACUGGUGGUUUGAAUAAUUUGUCAUAUUUAACUAAAAUAUCUGACCUUUAUAGACAAAUAUCUAACAAAGAGGGUGUCUUAAGUUACAAGCUGUAGCAUUUUUUUAACCUGGAGUCUCCUGCUUCUUAAAAUCCCCCCACAUCUUUCUCUCUCUCCCUCUCGAGGGUUUGCACGAACGCUCUGGAAAGACUGUUUUUCUUCUUUUUUUUUUGUGGUGGGAACAUUUAUACCACUGUGUACACUGUACAAAGGGUGCGGUUGUUAAUGAGCGAUGUCUCAUCGAAAACGAUUAAAUUCUGUGAGGUGACCCAUCAGGUACCGUUUGUCUGUUUGGCUUUAAUCAGUAAUAAAGUCGUGUUUCCACUCA